UAAAAAAAACUCGUGAAAAAAUUUGUAUUUAUUAAAAUUACAAGUCACUACGGAAAUCAGCGUUUCCGCGAUUUUUUCAAGUCACGGUCGCCGCAAUUGGAUUAAAAAUCGAAAAUUUACGCACAUACAUACGUAUGUACAUGUACAUAUACAUAUAUUUUUUUUUUAUUAAAAUACACUUUGAUAGCCAACUGAUUGCCACGCCGUGAAGGCUGAAUAUCAUCAACAGUCAACAGCACCUGCGUCUCUACACGUCGACGGAAAAGUUUCUUCUUUUAAUUCUCUAUUCCUUAUAGUUCAUAAUUAAAUGGAUUGCACGGCUAAUCCUUAAAUGAAUGAUGAGUUGGAUUUUUUGUAUUUACUGCGCAGUUGACUGAGUAUAACAAUAAUAAAUACAAGUCCUCAAGGUGUUAAAAAAGUGGACUGUUUUCUCUUUUAGUACGAAUAUUAAUUCAACUGUGGACGCUCUAUUCGAAUGAUUCUUACAAGUCAAGCUGAGGUAUCGUCACAACUUGGUUCAGUUAUUUCGGAUUUCUUCAGCGUUUUUUGUUUCAAUAAAAAAUUCUACUAAGACCUCUACUGAAUUAACUGAAACUGAUUGGGAGGCACAAGUAACCAAAAAGGCAGCUAUGUUCAUUUGAUAUUCAACAGAAGACUUUUUCAAACUGAUUAGUGGUUGGACGCCCCGCCACUCUUCAACGCCGCCACCAUGGAUGCGAAAAAGCUGCAACAACUGCAGCAAGCUAACGCUCAGAAAAAAUUGCCACUAGCCUACCAAACGAACAUUGUCGACUAUCGUUCCGCCACACAUUCGCCCGUCUUUCAACAACAACAAGCCGCUGCAAUGAGCGCCUAUCAUGCCGGUGUCGGCGGGGGCGGCGGGGGCGGCGGCGGCAGCAGUGGCUACCAGCAAAGCCCCACGGCCACCUCCUCAAGUGGCGGCCCACUCACUCCCAUCGACAUGCAACCACAGCCAAAUAAAAUGCUUCUAAAGCAUAUGACUGGUAGUGGCGGCAACACAUCGAGCAGCACACACAGCUCGCCAUAUCACCAGUCAUCGUACAACAGCGGCGGCGAGCAGCUAUACCAGUCGCCAACGGAGCGCACCUAUUUAACAGCCGCGGGCCGCUUGCAGGCAACCUCAGCGCUAAAUCCUGCCUCGGCGCUACAACAACAAUACCAGCAACUACAACAGGCGAAGUUGCAAGCUCAGAUGCAGACGCAGAAUGAGGCUGCGCAACAGCAGCAGCGCACAUUCGCUAUGCGGCAAGCAUUGAAUCCGCCAGUGCCACAAGGACAUUUCCACAUGAGUCAGUCAUCGAGCAUCAUGUCGUCGAUUACUAUGCAACAGCAACAGCAGCAACAACAACAACAACAACAGAACGCAGCUGCAACACAUGGGCGCGCGCCACCAUCCAGCUUAAAUUUGAACAGUCAAUUCCAGCCAGCGGGCGGUCCACUGAAAGUCAAUCAAAAACAGCAGCAGCAACAUUAUCACCAGCAGCAGGAUCAGCAAAUCUACGCACAACAACAGCAGCAUCAACUGCAACUACAGCUGCAGCAUCAGCAACAAUUGCAGCAGCAACACGCACAUCAGCAGCAGCAGCAGCAACAACAACAACAGCAGCAGCAACAGCACCGUCUGAAGGCAGAACAACCCACGCCCGGUAGCGAGCAGAGUCCCGUCUACAUACAACAAAAUCAUCCUGGCCAUGUCGUCAAUCAAGCUUGCCAGACACAAAUUUCGGCGGUAAAAGGUGGCGCCGUUGUACAGAAAACUACGCCCAGCUCAGAGGACUCGUCGGGCAAGAGUCCUUCGCACGCGCCUCUAGACCGUAAGAAGAGUGUCGGCUCAAUGCAAGCGCUCAAGUCACCCAUCACCAAGCGGCCAGCCUCCUCGCCGGUCACCCUCUCCGGUUGGCUGUACAAGCAGGGCUCUGACGGUUUGAAAGUGUGGCGCAAGCGCUGGUUCGUGCUAGCCGAAUAUUGCCUCUACUACUACAAAGGUCCCGAGGAGGAGAAGCUGCUCGGCUCCAUACUCUUGCCAUCAUACAAAGUGUCGGCCUGUCUGCCAGAAGACAAAAUCUAUCGAAAGUACGCCUUUAAGUGUGAACACCAAAAUAUGCGCACCUACUGGUUGGCCGCUGAGACAGGUGAGGCGAUGGUGCAGUGGGUGCGCGCACUCACCGCCGCCACAACAAUGCAGGCACCCAACAGCGGCGAGUCAGAACAGCCGAGUGCCUCUUCUUCGCUCAACCACAGCGGCGAGAACUCCGACUCGGGCAUACACACACUCCAGUCGCAGCAGAGUAAAAUGAGCCUUAACCAAGGUCAGAUGACGCCCGCGUCCGAGCAUGCUAAUGCGAACUCAGCAUCGAGCAGCAACAGCGGCGGUGGUGGCGGCGCACAGCCCUUGUAUGCAAAUGCGCCACCUAAACCACGACGCAUUAACGAUGGCGGUUACUCCUCUCCUAGUCCCGAACAUUCGAUUGACAACGAACGUAAAUCGCACCACCAGCAACAGCAGCAGCAAGCAGGUCGCCACAGCGGACUCAUGUCACCGACGCUGCAACAAAUGCAACAACAGCAGCAGCAGCACUAUCAACAACAACAACAGACGCGCGCCGCACAGCAACCACAACAGCAUCAUGCCAUUUACGAUACACGCACUGGCAAUGUCUCAUCCGCAUUGCGGCUACAACAAGCACAACAACAAUACUCUGUAGACCAAUUGGAGGCGCAACUGCAACAGCAAAUGGGCUUGUCCCCAGAAGAUUAUGCCAAAUCGCCGCCACCGCCGGCUACACAUUCCAAUUAUAUGGAUAUCGAGGAGCAAAUGUUGCGUCUGCAACAACAACAUCGAAAUGGUGAGGAGAUUUAUGGCGAACGCGAGCUUUAUAUGCAAAAGCUGAUGCAGCAACGUUACCCAGCACACUUGGCGCUGUAUCCGAAUGCGGAACGGCGCACACCAGAUGCGUAUGGACGCUCGAAAAAUCGCAUCUUCUCAGAUUAUGAAGACAUCUACAACUUAACACAGGCUGGCAUGCCCACUUCAGCACAGGAAGCGCUAUUGCAGGAGGCGGCCAGCUAUCGGAGGCCGUUGAGUCCUCCAACCUAUGAUGGCAGUAAGCAUGUGCCCGCAAUGCCGAUGCGUUACACACCCAAUCACAUGGAGGCGGCAGCCACCCAGCAGCAACUCACCGCUAGCAGCAGCAAUUUACGCGCACGUCCUACUGCCGCUAUAAUACGUCCACACUCAGCGGACUUUUUGGAAUACGAAGCACGUGCCGAAUCAGCAGCGGCCGCUGCCGCCGCUAGCUCUGGUAAUCAAGUAACCGCAAUCAAGCCAGAUGCACUGCGCGCGCCACGCCCCAAAUCUUCAUUGGAUAUCAAUCGCACGCCAGACAGUUUCUACUAUUCGGAAGCGAGCUACGCGGAGAAAAUGCGCAAAAGUGCACUCUAUUUGCAACACCCACAAGGUGUUGCCGGUGCGGCGAACGCACAGCCACAGCAAGCGGGUGUCUAUCGCACCGCCAACGAUUUUCUCAGUCCCGUAGGCAGCGGUAUGCACACAAUCGGUUAUGAGAAUCCCUAUGAACGCGCCUACAAGCGCGGCGAGCAACUGCACGACGGCCAAGGUACCGCCAGUAUGCCGCGCAUGAGUCGCAGCAACACCACGACCGCUAUGAAUACGAGCGGUUUGGCGCAUUUGCGAUCACAAUCAGUGCAUCCGCAGUCGCAGGCGCUGCUCUCGCCACAGUCCCAAUUGAAGCAGCAGCAGCAGCAACAGCAACAGCCACCGCCGCCACAAAAGCCCGUCUAUACGCCAACCAUGUCGACGCAGCAGAUUAUCCAGCAAAGCGAGCAAUUCUUGCGCUCGGCAAGUGCACGCCUGCCCAAGCGCAGCGGCGGUUUCGAUGACGACUACAACAGCGCGGCGGCCACUUCACCGCCUCAACUUCGUCAACAGCAGCAGCAGCAACAACAGCAACUCCAAACGCAGUCACAACAACAGCAACAUCAGCCAACUCCACAGGAUGGCGAACGCAAACGCGAGGAGUCAAUGAAACGUUUGCUGGAGUGGAAGCAGCGCAUGUUGCAGUCGCCGUUGACGCGCAAGGGCAUGCAGCAAGGUGGCAGUAAUAUGUCCGCCAUGUCGAAGCUCGGCAGCAAUCCGAACAUACUGCUCGCCUCGACGACGGUGGCGAGUGGCGCGCACUAUGCCGCCUCCAAUGCAAGUGGCGGCAACAGUGCCAACAGUGCGGGUGGUGGUGUUGUAGCUGGAACUGUUGGUGGAAGCAAUGGUGGCGCCACAGCGACUGCGGGUGGCGGCAACUUAGCAGGCGGCAGCCUCGUUGGCGGUGUGGGCGGCAUACAACGCAGUCGCUCGGAGAUUCACGCCAACCUAGGUCCAGCUGGCUACAAUAGUUACUCAUCAGACGACGAAGCAGCGUCAAUUUCGGUGCGGAAUGUACGCAAUUUACCCAAAGGCAACCUUACCGUUAAACCAGAUCCUUCGGAUGUGCACAACCCUCUGCAGCAGCAGCAGCAGCAGUCGCAGCUACACCAACAGCAACACUUAGCACAAGGCAAUUACGAUCAAACGACAUUGGGUAAACUAACGAAUUCCUAUUACGGCACAGCACACGAUACCAAAUAUGCGAAGACAACAACACUCACAGAUCGUAGUGGCGGCCAUGGCAUUGGCGGCAUUUAUGGCAGCAGCGGACUCAUUUCGGGCGGCAAUAGCAUCUUAGCCGCCUCCACGCCAAUGCAUCCCAGCGCAAAUGGUGGCGACUAUUACGGCAGCGUGGGCGGUAUAGCUACAAGCAAUUUAUGGCAAGGCCAACAGCAACAACAACAAGCGGCAUAUCCCAUGAGACGUGUGGAGAGCCGCGCUGAAAUCGAUAUGCUGGAACGUGAGACGAGCACACAGAUGAGGGAUUUGGAUGUAUCCGCCGGUGAUUUACUGAGUCGAACACACGAGGAGCUCGUUUUGCUGCUGAUACAGCUGAGAAGACAAAACAGCAAUACGGCGCGUGCCAUCGAGCAAUGCUGCAGCGACAUUCAUGAAGUGCAGAAUCGUCUACGCUCUGCUGAGGGUCUAACACGCGCCGAAAGUAUACAGCGCUUGGAUUACCUGAAGCAACAUCUGCUCGAUUUGGAGCGCCAGUAUGAGAAGAGCAAACCGUUGGUCAACUUAGUGGACAAUAUGGUGAAACUCGGUUCACUCUAUCGCAACAACGACAUAAACGGCCGCCAACCACAACGCAACGAGGCCGUGACACUGGAUCGACUCGAAUUCAAUCAGCGCAUACAGGAGCGACGUCUGCUGCAGGAGGAGCAGAAACAAUGGGAUCGGCUCAGCCCAAAUCACAGCGAGUUGCAAUCCAAGGUGCAUCAACUUUAUCAACUCGAUCAGCUGCUUCAAGAGGAGUCCGGCACUCUUCAAAACUUGCAACGCGACAAGGAGGAAUUGGAGCGCGCUUUAGGUGGUUUGCGUGCACGCAUACAGGACACCUCAGGGCCGCCCAUGGCACUGGAAGCGGCCAAAAAACAACAACAUAUGCUGGAGCGUGAACUGUCGCGUGUGCAUCAGCUGUUGGCGGAGAACUCAAAGGUAGUCGAGAAAUUGGAACAAACCGUAGCAGGCAAUGCGCGUCUCGAACAAGAAUUGAUUGUGUUGCGCCAGAAAUUACAGGCCUCACGUGGUGCACGCGGCUCCCAAGGCGCACUCACAAACGGCGGUACCGAUAGCUUUGCCAGCAACACCACCGCCAUGUUGGAGUCCGAACUAAAGCGGGUACAAACACUCGUCGGUGAUAUGCAGCGACAACGACAAGAGCUGAGUUCAGCUGUGCGCCAGUUGACUGAGAACUCCAAUCGGCUCUACCAAGAGAUCGGCAAUAAAGAGAAUAUCGCCAGUGGCAUGCCACCUGGUACACCACAGAAGAAGCGCACAAACUCAGCCUCUUGGCUGGAAACCGAUCUGGAUUCAAUGAUGAGCAUCACUCAUACACUGGACGACGAUGCUACCAUUAACUUGUCGACGCCCUUAUAUGUGGAUACCAAGUUGAGCGACUACAACAACAGCGAGGAAAUGCAACGCUUGAUGGCUGGAAGCAACGGCGCAGCCGGCGCGUAUCGUUAUAAUGAUGCCAGCGAUAAUUUAGAGACCAGCGGCGUCGAUAGCGAUGGUUUUCUCGAGUCAAACCCCUUUGCGAAUCUUACCAAUCAAGAGAAGCAGGAGAUCAAGACGGUGCGCAUUGUGAAGCGUGAGUCAGAGCGGCGACACCGCGAUCGUAGCGAACGUAAUGGCCUAAGCAGUUCAACGCAGAAUCUCGAUCAGGUGCUGGAGGAGGAGCAGCAGCUGAUGAAUACCAACGGUUUUGGUGUAGGUGCAGGUGGUUAUCAGCACAUGAAUGGCACGGCGAGCGAUUAUCAAAGCAAUGGGCGUUCAAAGUCAUUGCCACGUAGCUACAAUGAACCGCCUAUGAGCGGCAAGGUGCGACAUCAUCAUCACCAAAGCAGCAAGCAUAGCAGCAAGCAAAAUGGCCACCACAGCAGCAGCAGCAGCAGCGGCGGCGGCAAGCCAGAUGACUUCUACGGCAGAAGCUAUGACAAGAAUAGCAACUAUGCCAGCUAUCAGCUGAGCAAUGGCGGUUCCAGCAGCGGCAGCAAUGGGGGCAGAGCUGAGCGACGUGAACACCUCAACCCGCUGGCCAAUGCAUACUUCGCCAAGCAGCUGCAACAACAGCAGCAACACCAACACCAACACCAUCACGGGCAUACGCGUGAGUCAUCGCAGCAUGCGUUGCGUCAAAAAACAGACUCGAUGCAAAGCUUGAAUAAAAGCAUUACCGACUUGAGUCCCGAUCCGGUGUUCCAGAGUGAGGCAGCGCGACAAAUCAUCAACGAGCUGUCGGCCGGUUCAGCGUCGGAGGAUAAUACAGAGAAGAUAGUCGAAAAAGUGCCGUCGCAGCAUAAGCAUCGGCGUGCGGUGCCACGUGAGAAGCGACGCCACUACACGGCGCCCAAUAAUGUCAAUGUGAAGGCGAUGGAGAAUGUGCAAGCGGAGAAUGAUAUGAACCGCAAUAAUACCAACUGGCGUGCGCGCGAUGAUCUGGAUAUGGACUUGGCAUUGCGUCCACGUAUGAAUGCACCGGAUGUGGUGCGCUCUGCUCUGGGACAUGGCGAGAAAAUAUCAGAGAAUACAAUCGAUAAUUUGUUAUUGGCGCCGAAUAAGAUUGUUAUACCAGAGCGAUAUAUUCCGGAGAAGACACCAGAGCUAUCACCUGAGGAAAAGAAGCGCCGUCAAGAAAAGGUUGAAUCAAUCAAAAAGAUGUUAGCCGAAGCGCCAAUUAGCACAGCAAACGACACAACUGUCAGCCUACCACCGAGCAAAAUCAAUGCCGAAAAGAAGCAACGCGAGCAUUUAUUACAACUUAAUCAAAUCUUGGCGCAACAAGUCAUGCAAAUGAGCAAAAUCGUAGCUGAAAAAGCCAUGGCCAAGGUGACCAACGGAAAAGACGACGAAACAUCGCCCACUGGCUAUGACGAACGGAGUUCCGAAUCACCAAGCGAACCACUGCCGAUUUAUCAACAACGCGACAAUUACUUUAGUUAAAUAAUAGAGGAAAACAAAACAAAAACACAAAACUGCAGUAUAGAGUUUACAAAAACAACAAUAAUAACAGCAAACGAUAGCAGCGAACAUUGUAAAAACCACUACAAAAACUCUACAACUAAAGGGAGAAUAAAAUUAUUUAAUUACAACAAUAAAAAUAAAACAAAAGAUAAAUAAAGCACCGAAAACCUUAUCAAGAGCACCUCUAUACUACAACACCAACAAAGUCAUAACCGUAACUGUAAUAGGAAAAUAAAGCAUUGCAAAAUAUAUCCAACAAUUAAAGAACUACACUCGAAUACUAAAUAAAUGCAUUUAUCUUAAAAGAAAAAA